AUGGACGCGACCCCAGCGACGGCUGAGGAGCAGCCGUCGACGGAAGAAGCGCUGCCUCAUGGAGCCAAGGAGCCGCGGAAGAUGGAAGCGCUGCGCAAGAUGGACGAGCACCGGUCAGAGGGGACGCGUUGCGCCAUGACGUCGUCCAAGAGCAUGGAGAGCAUCGGCGCCGCCAAGUUCUACGAGCUCACGGUCGAGGAGCGCCGGAAGAAGUACUCGAUGAGCGCGCGCAACUCGUCGUACUGGCUGCAGGUCGUCGCUCGGUCGCACUCGGACCUCUCGCUGCAAGCGACGGCGCCGAUCGAGCCCAAGCCCAUCGAGACUCUUCGCAGCAGUAGCUGGAAGUCCGUCGAGUCCCACGACACGAUCGAUGAGCCGAACUGUUCGAGCAUCGACGAAGUCGUCUUCGAGCACCAGCGGUACCAGCUGGUGCUGGGCUGGGGAUCCAAGGGCUGCCUUUUGCCGCUCGACCCAAAGAAGUAUGCGACAGCGCUUUACGAAGCGCAGUUUCCGGUCUUCCCGACGAUCGCACUGCCGUCGGAUGUCAGCGACGAGGGUUGCGGACGCUGGGAGUGGAUCACGCCCUGGCAGAUCCAUGUAAACGCUGACAACGAUGGAUGGCGCUACUCGACAAGCUUUAGCCACCUACGACUCGAGUCGACGGCUUGUUCUGGCUACCACCGCAAGACGACGUUUUGCAGGCGACGCAAGUGGGUGCGCCGGCGUCUCUUCGUGCCGCUGCACUCACCGUCGAUGCUGCAGCCAUGCGGCAUGGACGGUGCGCCUCUGGAGCGCAAGUGUGGUUGGCUCCACAAGCUCGGGCACCGACGCAAGAGCUGGAAGCACCGGUUCUUCGUCCUCGACGGCUCUGUCUUGCAGUACUACACGGACGACGUCAGCAAAGUCAAGACCCCGAAACUCAAAGGCGAGGUCCUCCUAUUCCACAAAGACACGACGGUCCACUACGCCGAUGAGCCAGCGGCCGGCCGCGCCUUUUGCUUCGCGAUCGACGCCGGCGCGUACUCGCUCUUGCUUCAAGCAGCGUCCGAACGCGAUCGCGAAGCGUGGAUCUACGCAAUCGAAGAUGCAAUCUUGUGUCGCGACUCGUACAGUGCGCUCGACGACCAAGCCGCCGACGACAGACGCAGUGACGUCAUGCGCCGACGAUCGCUGAGUACAACAUCCGUUGUGGCAUCAAUGGGUGGUGCCCAGGACGAUGACGUGCACGCUUUGUACGACGCCAUCGUGGGUCUCUAUCGGGACGCGACCUCGUAUCGCAUGUUUGUCGAGCGCACGCUGGCCGAGGUUCUUGACCGGUUUUGCGAGCACAUGAAGCGCCAGGGAAAAGAAGACAAUGCGAUUGAAGGCGUCUACUACAGCGCGCGCGAAUCGUCCUUGGAUCUUCUGUACUCGAUGCUCCGACUUUCGUUCACGGGCGGAAAUGCUGCGCUCGAAGAGUUUGAGGACCGUCGGCGCUGGCUCGCUGAAAAACCUCAGUCGUUCUUCGACAUCCGACCGGCUCACAUGUCUCAGAGCAACUGGGCUGCGUGCAUUGACAAACUCAAUGCCCUCGAUAUCCACGUGUUGCCGUCGGAGAAGGGCCUUGCGCUUGUCGAGGCUGCCAAGAGUAUUUACACUGUAUAUCAUGCCGAGCACGCGAGCGUCAACACCGAGCACCUCGCGGCCGACGACUUCCUUCCCAUCUUCAUAUACGUACUGUGCCAAAGCUCUCUCACAGAGCUCCCCCUCACCCGACGCGUCUUGAGCGAGACGACGAUCUCGUCCAUCAUGAUCGGCGAAAUCGGCUACUACACGACGAUGCUCGAGGCAGCCGUCGAAUUCGUUUGUUCGUUUCACGGGUAA